CCAAUCACAGCUGAUCACAUAGCACUGAUGAUCAGUGUGGCCUGAUGAAUGAUCUGUGUAGCCCCAGCAGCGCCACCUGUCAGUGUCCAUCAGUGCCAGCUCUGAGUGCUCAUCCAUGCCACCCAGUGCCUAUCAGUGCCCAUCAGUGCCACAUGUCAGUGCCCAUCUGAGCUGCCUUUCAGUGUCACCCAUCAGUGCUACCUAUCAAUGCCAGUCAGUGCCACCUUUCAGUGCUGCCAAUCAGUGCCAGUCAGUGCCGCCUAUCAGUGUGCAUCAGUGCCCUCUAUCAGUGCCGCCUAACAGUGCCAGUCAGUGCCAGCUAACAGUGCCAGUCAGUGCCACCUAUCAGUGCCAGUCAGUGCUGCCUCUCAGUGCCAUCUAUCAGUGCCAUCUAUCAGUGCUAUAUAUG